GCCGCGGGCCCAAGGAGCGCUACAUCUUCGCAGUGCGGCAGAACAUGACAGUGGAGGAAUGGCGGGGCGGACUACAGCUACAACCACACCAGGGCGGCAUGCAAGCGAACUCCAUCAAUUGGGAUGAUGCGCUCGACGACGUGCAGUUCCUUCCCAAAGUUCUCGAGCGGGACCGAGCCAUCCAGCUCGCACAGGCCGACCUCGAGGGCCAGAUCCGCUACCUCAAGAAGGCGCUGCUGCAAUUGCUAUCUCCUGCGUACCACAGGGCGGAGGACCCCCGCGGCAACGGCGGGGAGGUGGACAUCACGCCUACGGCAUUUCGUCACAAGUAUCAGCAGUUCGUCACACUUGUCAGAGAGACAGAUCAGGUUCCCCCCAGCUUCCUCCGCUCGCAGAUGUUCGCCCAAAGCAAGGACAACGGGAAGAUAGGAAUCAAGGGACAACGGCUCCUGCACUGUUUCGACUCCUGCAGCAUGAGCUGGUUUGGCCAACUCGCGCGCAGGCUCAGGGCACCUCCGAAGUUCCCGUCUUUUGCUCACGGAGGCAUACCAGGUCGAAGGAGAGAGGGGGCCAUUCUCGCCUUGAGCAGCGCAAUGUGGCGCUGCAGAGAUUUGAAGCUGAGUCACGCGCUGAGCAACUUUGAUGGCACGAACGCGUUCGCGAGCACGGACAGGGAGCAUUUGAGAGCAUUGCACAGCGCGCAGCACUACGAGCACAACAUCGAACUGUGCAAGCAUGCCAUCGACGGUUUAGUUGUGCACGCCAACGGCAUCGAUG